UCCUACAUUCUAAUACAUUCUAAUAAAGCUGAUUCAGAUUCUUGCGCUAUAACUAUUCAUCCCUUUAUAGGGUAUUUAUCACAGAGCGUUAUGGUUACUGUUCUGGAGGUUAUUAUUGCAUUUUCCUGAUGGAAUGUCGGAUUGGUCAAUGUUGAACCUAUCCGGAAACUCGGCGCUGAACUUUGACUUAGUUUCACUUUCUCGUUCUUGAUUAACCAAUUGACCGUAGUUGUGCGAUUUGCUUCCAUGUUCACGGGCUGAGAUUUCUACCACAUUUUGGCGGAUCUUUGGAUCAAUGCAUUUAAGACAACCACACGUUACGGAACAGAUCGGAAUAUUGACCGCCUUUACAAACAGUUAUCUAGCAAUUCGAACGCAUAGUCCUCAAUACGCUCCAGAGACAUUAAUCGUCGAGCUUCGCAGGACGUAACAUGAGGACCUUCCUGGCACUGUUAAUGGUGUUACAUGUUUCAGGUGAUAACACGACUAUUAAAGGUGUCUUAGGAGACAGUGUCCUCCUGCCAUGCAGAUGCAAGUAUGACAAAGACUUUCAGUGGCAGUGGAAUGAGAAGUUGGUGGUCUUCAACGAGACGCUUUCAUUUAUGUCAAAUAAGUCAAAUAGGUACACGGGCAGGACCACCUGGGAGACGAGCAGAAAUAACUGCUCUGUCCUCCUUGCCAAUAUCACAGCAGAGGACCAGGGGAUAUACGAAUGCUGUUUUCACACAAACAGGAUCUACGAGAAAUCCAGCGUAUAUCUCAUCGUUUCUGCGAGCUACAGUGUCUGUCAGAAAGAAGACGGAGUGAGUGGAGGUGUGAAGGUUUUCCAGUGUAAAGCGGGAGGGCGCUACAGAGAGGCUUGGAUUCAGUGGACUUUGGAUGGACAGCUUCUAUCCAAUUCAGCCACAACCAACAUAUCCCACAAAAACCACACAGAUGCAGUUAAGGGCAUCUACAAUUUCAGCAGCAAACUCAGAACCAACCUCAACUGGACCUCAGAACCUAUGUGUGAUGUCAAAGCCAUCAACGUAUCAACCAUCCUGAACUACGUCUGUGAUGGAUCGGCUGAACCUAUCCGUGAAAUUCCAAAACGCAUACGGUCCAUAAAAGUCGUCCCCAUUUGUUUGGCAGUUGGACUUUGCCUCUUUUUGUUUUACAGCAUUUCCAGAGGACACAAAUGAAGUGAAAACAAACAAACUUCUAAAGACAUAAGAAUAAGAUUACAUUCAUUCAAUUGACGCUUUUAUCCAAAGCGACUUACGGUAAGUGCAUUUCAACCGUAGAGAUACAAACUCAAUAACCAAACUGUCACAAUAUAGACUUCUACAUUCCCACCAAACUGUGGUUGGUUAGGAAUUUGGCAUUGUGAGCACUCCAAUACGGCCUUCAAGCUGGUUUCAUCUUGUGUUUAUGCCGAAAUGUGAUGUUUAUAAUGUUAAUGUGGUGUUUAUGUUUAACCUGGAAGCUUUUAUGGAUGUUUCCCGGGAUGUGUUGAUCAUCUUUCCUUCAAGAUUACCGACUAUAAAGAGAUUUCCCUGAUGUGAAGAUGUAGUGAUACAUUUAAAUGUAAUUAGUUAUCAUUAUCAUUAAAAAAAAAUCACCACACGAAAAAAAUACAUUUGUAUAUACAUUAGACCCUUUAAAAUGAGGAAAAAAGAUGAAUACUGUAAAAAUGUAUUGUAGAGCCUACCUCAAUCUGUUAGUUCUGUCUCUGUCUCUGUUGCUUUGCCAGACAGGCAAGCACACAAAUCCAAAGCAAAAAAAGAUAUUCAAAUGACAUGUGAUAUGCCUGAAUGUGUGUGUUUUUUAAGUUCAUCGGUGGGUUGAAAUGUAAACUAAAAAUGCGUUGUCGGUGAAGAAAACCUCUGCAAACCAUUUAUCCACAAACCUUACAACUUCUUUGUCACAACUUUUUGAGUCUUGUCGUUUUUUAUCCUCCCAGUUUGUCAUUUUUUUCUAUGAAUUGAUGUGUUUUGACGAGUUAAAUUAGAUAGUUAUCAUAGAAAUCAAAAUGUUGGAACAACAGAGCCCCACAGGGUUGUGUGCUCAGCACCCUGCUGUUCCUGCUGUUCACACACGACUGCAAACCCACACAUGAGGUGAUCUCUGUUGUCACUAUUCCGCCGGAUAACAAACACCAACGAGACUUCAUACAGGCAGAAAAACAACAACCUUCCGAGUGGACCUCAGAAAAACCCCAAAGAGAUGAUAUUGAUCCUUUAAAAAGCUUCUUGCUCAUCACACCUCUCCAUCCUGGUGAAAAAAGAUUACAAACAGCCGUAUUUAAUAAGGAAACUUUAGAAUGCAAAAUUUCCAUGUAACAUUCUCGUCAAAUUGUAUAAAUAUGCCUGAUGUUUCAAAUGUGAUAUAUUAAAAGAAUCUGUAAAAAAAAUGUCGUUUU